AUCGACUGUGCUUACUGUAGUCGCACAAGGUGUCUCCGGGUGUUUUCGGUGGCAUCGAAUUCCGGCUCGGUUUUGUUUGAGGUUUUUAUUUUUGUUCUUUUUGUACUUUUGUGGUAAUGAUCUUGGUCUGCGUUUCUUUUUGUUCAAUUAUUGCAUUGGAUCGUGCACACAAUUGAGGUGUUCAUCGUGUUGUCAGAAUUUUUGGUUUAGUGGGGGGGGGGGGGGGCGAGGGUUUCGAUCGGUAGUGAGGAAAGGGGUGAAGGUUCACUAUGGAUGGAGCAAAUCUCAAGGAGAAGUUCAGCGCCUUCGGGGAGAAGGUGAAGACGGGGAGUGGGGAGUUGAGUCGCAAGAUGAGCGAGCGGAUGUCCACUAUGAGCGAUAAAAUGAAGGAGUUGUUCCAGGUUUCAACCCAGGCGGACAAGCUUGUUGAGGACGCAACAGGGGAGGACAUGGAGGGGCCAGAUUGGCAAAAGAACCUAGAAAUAUGCGAUUUGAUCAAUUUGGAGAAGUUGAGCGGGCAGGACACCGCGAGAGCCAUCAAGAAGCGGAUAAUGCUGAAGAGUGUCCAGAUUCAGCAUUUGGCGCUCACGCUCCUGGAGAUGGUGGUGAAGAACUGCGAGAAGAUGUUUUCGGAAGUGGCUUCCGAGAAGGUGUUGGACGAGAUGGUGAAGAUGGUCGACGAUCGCAGCACGUCCACGGCGAAUCGCGACAAGUCCCUGAAAAUGAUCGAAGCCUGGGGCGAGUCUACCGAAGAGCUUCGAUACCUACCAAUUUUCGAGGAAACGUAUAAGAGCUUAAAAUCAAGAGGCAUCAGAUUCCCAGGACGAGAUGAGGAAAGUCUUGCUCCCAUUUUCACCCCCCCGCAGUCUGUUACAAGGCCAAGCCCACCAGGAAAUGGAGGUAUUGCCGGCAGCUUUCAUUCCAGGGAUUUGACUGGCUUUGUAGCUCACGAUGUGAGCGCAGAGGACACUAAGGAAGUCUUUGAUGUGGCUCGCAACAGUGUAGAACUUCUGAACACGGUUCUGACGUCGUCUCCACAGCAAGAAGCUCUCAAGGAAGAGUUGACAUUGACCUUAGUGGAACAAUGCCGGAGCUCUCAGUUCAAGGUGCAGAGAAUUGUGGAGAGAACAGGCGACGCCGAUCCAGUGCUCUUUGAGGCACUGAACGUGAAUGACGACCUUCAGCGCGUCCUGACAAAGUUUGAGGAGAUGUCGAAGGGAACCGCGGAGCAAACUCAACCAGCAGCAGAGUCCACGUUCGUUCAUGUUCAAGCUUUGGACGACGACGACACCCACGGUACUGCUGAAGAAGCCUCGCUAGUGCGGAAGCGUGACUUAAAGCCCAGCGCUCCUCCCAGCUCGACACACGACGACGCGGCCAUGGCCGACUUGGACGAGAUGAUUUUUGGGAAUAGAGCAGCAGCCGAAGGGAGCAACCAGAAAUCGAAGAAGCAAAAUGCCGAUGACCUGAUUAUGUUUUAACUGGCUUCGUGAUGCCCUCUGGCUCCUGCUGUGAUUCUUUAGCAGCUUUGUUGGUAUAUAAACUCCGUUCAAGAGUGUGUGCUUAGACUACCGGUAUUGAGCAGACCAAGGGACGUUCCUGGCAGAUACCAAACCUGGUAUAUUUGGAUGUUCGCUGGUUCAGGAUGAGACAUGUUUGAACUCAUCGUUGGUCUUUAAUCGGCAGCUGGCGAAUAGGCUACGACAGGCUGUUCUUCUUUCUUUUUUUCCCCCUCUUUUUUAAUUUUUAAUUUUAAUUUUUUUUUUUGUUACUCUCUUGUAAGCUGUUUGUGGCUAAGUAAUUACAUUUAGCCCACAGCUCAUGCUUAGUAUUGAAUUUAUCAUCAAUGUACCCAGUUUACUGUUUUGCUUGUA